AUGGCAUCCUUUCCCCUCGCAGAGUCCCAAAUUGUUUCGCUCUUCGUGCAGAGCGUCUCAUACGGCGUUCAUGUCGUAACAUUCAUGGUGUGCAUUUGGAACAUGCUGGAGCAGCGAUACAGGCACGCGAAGCCGAUCAAUUCUCUGAUGCUGUCUAUCGUCGUCAUCCUGUUCGUUGUUGGGACGGCCGACCUUGCAUUUAAUUUGUAUCACAACAUCCUUGCUUUCACGUUGUAUACAGGCUCUGGCGGAGCCACUGGCGAAUUUGAGCAGAUCUCGACCUGGGUGCAAGUGAUCCGAAGCGUAUUGACGUGCUUGUCAACGCUCGUCACAGAUGCUGCUCUCAUAUAUCGCUGCUGGAUCGUCUAUGAGCGCAAACCUCUGGCUAUUGCGGUACCCAUAAUUAUCUGGUUGGGAGCACUCGCAUCUGCGGUAGGCGAGCUAUACUUCACUGGAACCUUGAACGAGAAGACAAGCGUGGCCGAUGCUCGCAAAGUCCAACCGUUCCUGAUCGCGUUCACUGUUCUGAUGAAUGUGGAAAAUACUCUAGCGACCGGCUUGCUAGUAUAUCGCAUCUGGCGGAUUCACAAACAGUCAUCUCGAUUCUUCUCAAGUACAUCGUCCGGUGGCGGCGCACGCAGCAGGCAGCUGUCGAGUGUCAUCAGAAUCAUCGUCGAAUCGGCGUUGCUGUACGAAACUAUCGGUCUUUUGACUCUGGUCGUCGAUGCAUUGGGAAGUAAUGCGAUUUACGCCGUUUCCAGCCUAGCUAUCGAGAUUGGUGGUAUCCAGCUCGAUUUGAUACUGAUUCGUAUCAGCCGAGGCAUUGCAGCGGAGCACGUUCAAACGAGUGCAGAGGCGACCCGCGUUCAACUGCAACUCAUGGACGAGUCCACCUACAAUCAUGCUGGGAACUUUGCCAUUGAACUCUCUCAUAUGAAGAUUUCGAGAAAGGAAGGCGGCGGAAGGGUGAACUCGGAGAUUACUGCUGACAUGCCGGAAGUGUGAGAUUGCGAGGACUAAGCGCUGAACAUUGGUACCAUGAUUGGUGUAUCUUGUUCUAGGUUAUUGUUGUCUUGUCUAUUGAACUCAUGAGUAGUGUUGAUAGACCAAAACGGG